AUGAUCUCAAGUUUCGCGUACUGCCUAGCUGUGGCCCAGCUUGGUGUAGCUGCAGCAACUGCCAGCACCAAGUCCUGCACCGCGGAAACCUUUUCCUCCCUCGACCUUCCCAACAUCAAGGUCUCCUCUGUUGAUGUCACCUCUAAGAAUGUCGCUUGGCCAUCCACCUCUGAUCUGCUCAAUGUUUACCGAGUCCCCAAGAACGGCACUGUAGCAGUCUGCCAGCUGACUGUCAACUAUACCCACCCUGGUUGGAAAGACAACGUCACCACGUGGAUCUCCUUACCGCUAGAUUCCUGGAAUGGACGCUUCGCAGGCAUGGGCGGUGGCGGUUACACCACUGGCGAAUUGGUCCAUAACAGCCAAGCUGCAUUCGAAGGAUUUGCCGCUGCAUCCACAGACGGUGGACACGGCGGAUCCGCGACUACCGAGUCUUGGGCUCUGGCAAGUGAAGGAAAUGUCAAUUGA